GUAUAGACAGACACACAAGCUUCAGCUCUUCUUUUCUGGAGACAUGUCGCCGGAAAAUCUUUCCGUCGGUCACUCUGUGUAACCGCAGGCGAAUGUAAAACGGCGUCGUAAAGGCUGUGGAUUGUUGGAGACGGUAGAGUGGUGAAAGAGCUUGACGGAUUUCAAGGAGGCCAUUGCGAUUGUCGAGUGAGCUGAGUCAGUGAGUCCGCUUUGAUCAAAAGUACGAGUUGGAUUCGCGAGCGAGAAAAUGGGGACAUUUUAGAUCACAACGUGAUGACGGGGAACCUGAUUUUGGCCAAAAUGUCUUUCCAGAACAAUAGCUUUUGGAUGGCACAGGAUGCAGGGUGUGUAACUGAUGGAGAUAUGGGUUAUAAUACUUCCUCAAGAAUAGAACUGAAACGUUCUCUUGUAGAUGCUUCUGAACCUGAAUUAUUCUGCAACAAGAAGCAAGCAAUAGAAGCUAUUGACAGCGGACCAAUGUCAGGAAUUUCUAAUGUGAAUGUUUCUCUAUGGGAGAAAACUUCCAAUUUUCAAACAUUUCCAGCGCAGUUUACCAACCACCUAUUUGGAUCUGAGCCUAUAAGGAAUUUCAAUCCUGUUGGUAGGAACAUUUCAUCUCUUGGUACUGGAAAUUUGAAUCUGGAAAGAAAGGGUUUUGAGAAUCAAUUUGGGAAUGAGUCCUCGAUUGGCUUAUCUCUAUGGAAUACUAAGAAAGAUCCCUCUUCAUGUCUCAAUUAUGCUGGAAUUGGAGAAGUUAAAGUCAAUCAUGUCGGGUAUUACAACAAUGAGAUGCAUGUACCAAUGGGACACCCCUAUACCAGAGUGGAUAACAACAAUGAGAUGCAUGUACCAAUGGGACACCCCUAUACCAGAGGGGAUACCAAUACAAUUUCAGUGGACACCACCUAUAAUAGGAGUGCUUACAACAUAUCUUCUGGCCCAACUUAUUAUAACGGCGAUGAGAGUACCAUUUCAACGGGCCCCGCCUUUACUAAAGCAGGCGACAAUUUCAUUUCUACGGGUCAUGCUUUCAACAAUAGAGAUGGCAAUUUCAUGUUGAUGGAUCAUAAUUAUAACAAGGGAAGCAACAGUGUCUUAGCAAUGGUUCAGCCCUUUGACAAGAGAGACGGCAAUUUUAUAUCUACAGGUCAGCGCCAUGAGAAGCGACAUGACAAUAUCACAUCAACCGGUCCUGCUCAUAGCAAGGGUGAUGAGAAUUUCAUUUUGAUGGGACCAUCCAAUAAUAAAGAUGAUGAAAAUUUCAUUUCAUUGGGUCCCUCUUAUGCAAAGGGGAACAAUAAUGUCAUUUCAAUGGGUCCAAUCCCUGACGGGGAUUCCAACAUGCUUUUGGGUCAGAAUUACAACGAGGGUGAGAGCGGUACAAUGUCUUUUGGUGGCUUUCAGGAUCAACCUGGGAGAAAUCCUGCAGUAAGGAUCAUUAACAGCUGUGACUUGUUGCCGAGCCAAGCUUCAGCUCAAACUUCUGAAGCAGCAGGACAUAAAGUUUCUGUUGAGUGCAAUGAUGAUCCAAUUGCAAGUGUUACUCCAGCAGCUAUUUCUCGGAAAAACACCAUCUCCAAGAAUAAGGAGAAAAAGAUGCCUAAAAAGGUACCUUCAAACAACUUCCCUUCGAAUGUCAAAAGCCUACUAUCAACCGGUAUGUUUGAUGGAGUUCCUGUGAAGUACGUUUCCUGGUCACGGGAGAAGAAUGUUGUAGGAGUUAUAAAGGGGAAUAGUUAUUUGUGUGGCUGCCGUGAUUGCAAGUACUCCAAGGCUCUCAAUGCUUUUGAGUUCGAGGGUCAUGCUGGUUGCAAGACCAAACACCCGAAUAACCGCGUGUACUUCGAGAAUGGAAAGACCAUCUACCAAGUGGUUCAAGAACUGAAGAAUACUCCUCAGGACAAGUUAUUUGAAGUAAUUCAAAACGUGACCGGAUCUCCUAUCAAUCAGAAGAAUUUCAAUAUCUGGCAAGCAUCAUUUAAAGCUGCAACCCGUGAACUUCAGCGUAUUUUUGGAAAGGAUGAAGUGAAGACACCGGCUUGAUAACAGAAUCGCCUACUAAUCUGCUAGGUUGGUCAAUACCUGGAAAGGGCAUAGCUAUGAUAUUUCAUUAUUGAAAAUUUUAAGUUUGCCGUUCUAGAUAGUUUGGCAAAGGAUUGUUAUUGUUACUUUAGCUUUAAUCUUUUCAAUAAGACCUUAAUUUUAUUCUGGUUUUUGGACAAAA